CUUUCCAAGACACACCACACUCUUGUCCCAUUCCCUACAUCUCGAGUUGAGACAGACCACCUUAUCCACUAGCCAUGGCACCAAAAAUCGACCCCAAUGAGGAGAAGAUCAUUCACCUUCGCGCAACCGGAGGUGAGGUCGGUGCUUCAUCUGCUCUCGCUCCCAAGAUCGGUCCUCUCGGUCUCUCGCCGAAGAAGGUCGGUGAAGAUAUCGCAAAGGCCACUGGCGACUGGAAAGGUCUCCGCGUGACCGUCCGCCUCACCAUCAAGAACCGUCAAGCCGCCGUCUCCGUCGUUCCCUCCGCCUCAUCGCUCGUCAUCAAGGCUCUCAAGGAGCCACCGCGUGACCGCAAGAAGGAGAAGAACAUCAAGCACACCAAGUCCAUUGCUCUCGACGAGAUCAUCACGAUCGCCCGCACGAUGCGCUUCAAGUCCAUGUCCAAGGACCUCAAGGGUACCGUCAAGGAGAUCCUCGGAACUGCCUUCUCCACUGGAUGCAAGGUCGACGGAAGGAGCCCCAAGGACAUCAGCGACGACAUUGAGAGCGGCGAGAUUGAGAUUCCAGAGGAGUAAAUGCGAAAGCAUCUCCUUCAGCCGCAUCUCUCUCCAAAUUCUCUCCGAAGUUACAAAAGGGCACACGGUGGCGUUGGGCGCUAUUUGGUCGAUAUGAAAUGACCAUAGGGUAGCCAGCAAAGUCAUGGCUCCAGACUUCAUUUCGAAUGAUUCCCACUUC